AGGUGGGCCGGGUGGUUAAGGGGGAGCCGGCUCGCGUGCAGAAGUAAGGGUGGCGGCAAACGGAGGCCUGUGUGGGGGAGGAUUCCGGUUGCUGGAGACCAAGAAAGUCAUGGAGAGAGGUGAUGCUCAGAAGAGUGUGUCCAGGAAGAAGGCACGGGGCUGGGAGUGUGUUUUCUCGGAAGGUAGGCAUCGGGUCAAAAUGGUUUCAAUCCCAGAAUACUAUGAAGGAAAGAAUGUUCUUCUCACAGGAGCUACUGGUUUUCUAGGAAAGGUUCUUCUGGAAAAGCUGCUGAGGUCUUGUCCUAAGGUGAAUUCAGUGUACAUUUUGGUAAGGCAGAAAGCUGGACAGACGCCCCAGGAGCGAGUGGAAGAAGUCCUUAGUGGCAAGCUCUUUGACAGAUUGAGAGAUGAAAAUCCAGAUUUUAGAGAGAAAAUUGUAGCAAUCAACAGUGAACUCACCCAGCCUAAACUGGCUCUAAGUGAAGAAGAUAAAGAGGUCAUCAUAGAUUCUACCAAUAUUAUAUUCCAUUGUGCAGCUACAGUACGGUUUAAUGAAAAUUUAAGAGAUGCUGUUCAGUUAAAUGUGAUCGCUACACGGCAGCUCAUUCUCCUGGCACAACAAAUGAAGAAUCUGGAAGUGUUCGUGCAUGUCUCGACGGCAUAUGCCUACUGCAAUCGAAAACAUAUUGAUGAAGUCGUCUAUCCACCCCCUGUUGAUCCCAAGAAGCUGAUUGAUUCUUUAGAAUGGAUGGAUGAUGGCCUAGUAAAUGAUAUCACACCAAAAUUAAUAGGAGACAGACCUAAUACAUACAUAUACACAAAAGCAUUGGCAGAAUAUGUUGUACAGCAAGAAGGAGCAAAGCUAAAUGUGGCAAUUGUAAGGCCGUCAAUUGUUGGUGCCAGUUGGAAAGAGCCUUUUCCUGGAUGGAUUGAUAACUUUAAUGGACCAAGUGGCCUCUUUAUUGCAGCAGGGAAAGGAAUUCUUCGAACAAUGCGUGCCUCCAACAACGCCCUGGCAGAUCUUGUUCCCGUAGAUGUAGUUGUCAACACAAGUCUUGCGGCAGCCUGGUACUCUGGAGUUAAUAGACCAAGAAACAUCAUGGUGUACAACUGUACAACGGGUAGCACCAAUCCUUUUCACUGGGGUGAAGUUGGGUGUUAUGUAAUUCAUUACUUCAGGAUGAAUCCUUAUAACCAAGUAUUCAGGCACCCCAAUAUUAAGUUCUGUUCCAACAACCUGUUGUUUCAUUAUUGGAAAGGUGUCAGACAUACAGUGCCUGCAUUAUUGCUCGAUCUUGCUCUCAGGUUGACAGGUCAGAAACCGCGGAUGAUGAAAACAAUAACUCGUCUUCACAAAGCUAUGGUGUUUCUUGAAUAUUUCACAAGUAAUUCUUGGGUUUGGAAUACUGAUAAUGUCACUAUGUUAAUGAAUCAACUAAACCCUGAAGAUAAAAAGACCUUCAAUAUUGACGUCCGACAAUUACAUUGGGCAGAAUAUAUAGAAAAUUAUUGCAUGGGAACUAAGAAAUAUGUUUUGAAUGAAGAAAUGUCUGGCCUACCUGCAGCUAGAAAACAUUUGAACAAGUUGCGGAAUAUACGUUAUGGUUUCAAUACUAUACUUGUGAUCCUGAUCUGGCGCAUUUUUAUUGCAAGGUCACAAAUGGCAAGAAACAUCUGGUACUUUGUGGUUAGUCUGUGUUACAAGUUUCUGUCAUACUUCAGAGCAUCAAGCACUAUGAGAUACUGAAGACCAAGAAUUUUGCAUUAGCACAUCUAUGCAUUUGGUGGUCUAAAUGCACAGAAUGUAAAACGUACUUACGUCAUCUCAUCUUUUGUAAAGACAUUAAACCAUCUUAGUCAGUGUGUAGAGUAAAACAUGGUACAUUUUAUGUAACAUUUUAAUGUUUAUGCUCAUAAAUCCUAGUGAACACACUGUUGUAUGCCAGCUCAAAGCUGUCUACAAGAGUCACCAAUGCUAUGUAUGAUUUACCAUUUUCAUCCAUGGAAAGAAAGGGGUAGGACAAAGGCAAGACUAGGGAAGUAGAAACAUUGACCAGUAUAACUGUGCAAUUCUGGAACAUAUUAAUUAAAAAUGCCUUAACAUAUCAUUCUGAUUCAGUGCAAUGGAAAGAAUUUAUUUGGACAGAGUAUUAGUUAAGUUGGUAGAUACUUGAUUCUUAAAUGUUUGAUUUUUUCCAUCAGUUUUAAUGGGUUUUAGUUUUAUUAAAACUAUAGCCAAACUAUUUUUACUUCAUUCUGUAAGUUAUUGAGUGAUAUCAAACAUGAAAAAUACAUGCUCAUCUUUCUUUUUCUGAUUAAAUGCCUGGUACAUAUCAUUUUCCUGUAAGUAUAAUCAGUUGUUUUUAUAAUCAGCAGGCCAUAUAUUAAAGACCCUGCUGGAUUUAAGCAGGUUUGCAAAUCCAUAUCAAUAAAACUAUGUUAGCCUAAAAAAGAAUAGGACUAAACUUUUCUUGUCCAAAUUUUGACCAAAUAAAAAUCCUAUAGAUUCUGUUCAUGUUUUGAAACAAGAAAUUUUUUGAGACUUUUGUGCUCUAUUCCCUUUAUAAAUCUUGUUUUAGGACUUUAAAAAGGCUCAUACUGUCUUUCAAAUGAAAUCUGAAAGUGCAUUAUUAUGGAAGAAUGUAUGUGCAGCUAAUAACAUCAAGAAAAUGGUCUUGUGUAUAAACAUACUAAUUUUGACAUUGAAAGUUGAAUUCCUUCAAGAAAAUAUAAUACAUGAUAUGUAUAAAAUUAAAUAAAGGACUUUAUUUACAUACCAUAUAAAGUAGCAAACUGUUGAAUGAGUUUGAAGAUACUACUUUUUUUUCUGCAUGGGUUUUUAGCUUUAGAAAGAAAUGCAUUAUAGAAAUGUUAUAGCAAGAAAAUUGCAUAUUUUAAUGAAACAUAAUUCCCUCUAAAACUCAAUAAAUAAUGGUUUACUGUUUUAACAUAAGUUUGCUUUAACAGGUCAUUCAGCAUACAACUGUUCUAAUUAAGCUGAAGUUGUACUAUGUAUCAUCAGCCAUGUAUCUUGAAUAUGUGUAAAGAGGUCAAUUCACAAUACAAAAAGUUAGAUGUAACUUUCCAUCCUAAUUUGUUUUGUUAGUUUAAGUGCCAUGUAUAAGAAGUUUAUUUUGCUACUCUGGACAAACUAAAUGUAAAGGAAAUCACCUUCUUACAUGCAGGUGUAUAAUCUUGAAAAGGAAAAAUGCUUCCAUGUUGAAGCUAGAUUUUCUGUAGUAAAAUUUUUAAGCAUUAUUUUAAAGGAAAUAGUUAUGUAAAUACGUAUAUAUUCUUUGGAAUAGUACUAACAUCUCUGGUUUAGGACCACACCUUGUAUGAGGUGUGAGAGACCAUGAGAAUGUGUCAAAGUGGGAUAAACGAUGGAGCCUUUAACUUAAGGUGGCUUGGGUCAUGCAUGGUGAGCACUCUCCCAGUGUAUGUCCAUAAUGUGUUGAAAACAUGCUGAUGUUUUAUGAUUUUUAUACUCAUGCCAAAUACUUAGAAUCAGAUGAAUUUGUGUUCUACAAAAGCAUUGGGGCAGAGCUGUGUAGGCCUGUGAAGUGCAGAGGAAGAGCCUGCUUUCCCAGCAGUUCUGCUGUCCUUAGAAUUCAAAGAAAUGGUAACUGGUCGGGAGCUGAGGCUCCUGCAUUAAUUUUGUGUGUUUAGAAUUCUGUUGUGAAAGAUAAAGAAUAAAUUAAGUUCUAAAAUUAGUAUAAUAAGUGUGUAGAUUGAUAAACUGUACCAGCUAGAUUUUUGGACUUAAGUCAAAUUUUAAGAUUUUGGAAAUCCAUUGUUUGUCAUUUGCUAGACAAUGUUUAGAGCUCUGUGUUUUCUCCACAAAUUCAUUCUUUUACUGGACCACCUAUAAAAUAAAUUUAUUUCAUUUAACUGAUUUGAUAAAACUGUAUUCUAAAACAUUUGAGUAACCUUCCCCCACACCCCACAUGGACUCUUACUAGUUCUGGUAUAUGUAUUUAUACAUUGCGAUGUCAUUGUGACCAUAUUAAAAUUUACUUCAGAACACUGACGUGGCCUAAAUCUCAAUGCAGAAGAGAAGGCACUGGUUUUGGGAUUGUUUUUAUUUUCUUUUAUUUUUUGACUUCAAGAUCUGUAGAAUAUUCUUUGAAUCUGUGUAAUAAUGCCUAUAAGCAGGGAAGGAACAGGUAUCAUUUUCCCCCUUUGUGUCUGCAGAAACUUAUUUCAGAUUUUUAGUUUUUAAAUACAAACUAAUAUUCUUUUAUAAGCAGUAAGUAGAAGCAUUAUUGGGUGCCUUUGUAAACCAAAAAGUAAUAAAUCAAUCCUUAUAUUUC